UGACGUCCUGCGCAUGCUCAUGUUGAAACAGGGAGCUUAUAAGGAAAAGUGCGAGAAACAAAGGAAUAAACAAGCCGAGGAAGAGAGGUAAAAACAGCAGGUCUGCAGCUGAGGAAAAGCUCUGAGUCCUCAGUACUGUAGUUGACCAAGGUGAUUUUUCUACAUGAUUGGAGUUUAUCUACUACACAACACAGACCCUGGGGACAUUCCUACAAUCACCUGGAUGUGUUUCACUGGAUCCCUUGCUCUGUCUGAUCUGGAUCAACAUGGAAAGAACUGCACUGUGCUAGUGGCCACUUUGGUCUUCCGCAGCAGCAGCUCUACCCAAGCAAUCCAUAUGGAGAACAUAGAUAUAGGAUACAGGUGCUGAUCUGAAGAAGAACAUUCCACUCAUUUAUCAUUGGCUGAUAUUUUCUUAACUUUCAGCCACAUACUCUUGAGAGAUACUUUGAAGUGGCUUUGCAUCUCUCACUGUAGCUACCUUCCCCUCCCCUUGCCACACGCUUAAAGCAACUGGGUGGCUGCUGAGGAGAUGACCGUGGUGGUGGUGGUGUUGUAGUAGGAGCAGCAGGGAUGGGGAGCACUCCAUGUUCUGGUAAGGGGAGGGGGGUAGGAGGUUUUCAGGAGCUGGGCUGUAUGCCAUGGAAGGUGAGCAAACAGAAAGGUGAGGCUGCUGGAGGUGGAAGUGGCCCAGAUGCAGAAGAAGGGCCAAAUGCCAGGACACCUCCACCAGCUUCUCGGCCCCCUGACAUCUACCACGAGAAGCAGCGUCGAGAGUUAUGUGCUCUGCAUGCACUAAACAAUGUCUUCCAGGACGGUGCUGCCUUCAGCAGAGAUGCACUUCAAGAUAUCUACCAGAGACUCUCCCCCAGCACUUUGGUAACACCACACAAGAAGAGCAUGCUGGGUAAUGGCAACUAUGACGUCAAUGUCAUUAUGGCUGCGUUGCAGACUCGUGGGUUUGAAGCUGUCUGGUGGGACAAAAGAAGGGAUGUUUGCAGCAUUGCACUGCCAAAUGUAACUGGCUUUAUUUUGAACGUGCCAUCCAACCUGCGCUGGGGGCCCCUGCGUCUGCCACUCAAGCGGCAGCACUGGAUAGGAGUGAGGGAGGUGGGCGGAGUCUACUACAACUUGGACUCCAAACUGCGUAGUCCUCAUGCUAUUGGAACAGCUGAUGAACUCAGGAAGUUCUUGCGUCACCAGCUUCGAGGGAAGAACUGUGAACUCCUGUUGGUUGUGCCUGAGGAGGUGGAGGCCCACCAGACUUGGAGGUCUGAAAACAUUUGAAUCUGUCUUAUAGCUUUCUGGGAUUCUUCAGCUCAUGCUCAGGAGGGAAUGUAAGGUUCAAUCAGGGAACCAUAUAAGAGCAAAUGGAGUUGCACUCAAGCAGUCACAAAAGCACACACAAGGCCAGACCUUUUGUUUACACACACACAUACACACACACACACACACACAAAUACAGAAACACAAAAUGCUGGAUUUGGACUAAAAUGGCUAAAAAAGGACAACACAAACAGGGAUCUCACAUUGUAACACUACUCUGUCCUAUGAGAACUUUGUUGAGUCAUUUGGGAUUCUGAUGCAUUUUUUUAAUAUGUAAGUUCAUUUUGUUUCAUACUGUUUCCACUCUUAAGAAGAGAUGUAUGAAAUGAUCAGUGAUGCAUUCUCUGUGUACAUCACUGUUCCACUGUCAGCUCUAUAUUAUUCUCCAUGUGACUAUCCUUGUGUUCAUGUGAUCGCAUAAGAUCCUUCGCCAUGCACCUCAACCUCUUUUCUCACAGUGAAAGGUGUUUGUGUGGCCAGCAAGCUUCUGGCAAAUGAUGUAGAAAAGGAACAUGAAGCACCCUUGCCUGCCUGCAGUUUAUGCAUUGUUUAAUAACGUAGGAAGUAAUGAAUAAGAAGUAUCUAAACCAGUACAGCAUGGCACAAUAAUAACUGGAUGUUUUUUGUUAGGUCUCCCAUAGAAUAAGUCAAAGUAAAGCUAUCACCUGUGGUCUUAUGUUACACCCGUCAUACCUGAUGGAUAUAAGUCUUCUCUUCAGAAAGAUGGUUCAUGCCUUAUAAAGAUUAUUCAGCGUAGAUACCGAAAGAUAUAUCCUUAUGUCCAACUGCCAAACAGUCUGUACUGUAUUUUGAAUGGUUCUCAGAGGGUUUUUGAUAAUAAGGGACUUUUAAUUUUGAAACUGGCAAUAUGACUGAAACUGAAGUGGUAGGAAAGGUGGAACUUUAAGAAUGAGAUUAGUGAAGAGGAUAAAGGGGCCUUUUGUUAAAGUUGUUAAACGGGUGCAGUCCAUGAAAUAUAAAAAAAAAUUGACAGGUCCUUUAUUUAGUGCUGGAUAAUAAAGCCAACUUUACAACACUUUUCUUUGAUUUAGGUUAAUCAAUCUGUAUAUACUGUUUAUUGAGGGAGCAGAUAGUAAUGUUACUCCAAAGGGAAAGGCCCUUUGAGUACUCCUCAGGUUUUGUCCCAUCACUCACAUUUAACUCAGUUCCCUGCUGGAUGUAAAACGAAACGACUCUUCUGCAGCCCAACCUAAAUGCCCAAUCCUGUUAAUGAGAAACUAAAUCUUGAUGUAAAAAAAGGAACAUUCCACAUUUACACACACAGGGUGUUUUGUAAAAUUGUAGAAGUGUUUUGAUUUCUUUGCCAUGACAAUCUCAACCCCCUCAAUCCCCACCCUGCAUCCCUUUUCAGGGGACGUACAGUCCUGACGUGAUCACGCCAUUGUUCGUUUCCCAUGCAAAUGCUUGUAAAGGCACUUUAUGUAUAAUCCAAGAUGUGCUGUGACAUCAUUAAAAUGUCUUUAUAUGUACAA